AGACAGGCUUCUUAAUCAAAAGCACCAACCAAAGUUUACCAACUUCUUCUCAUCACAAACCAAAACCCAAAGAAAGAAAGAAACAGAGCAACAAUGGCCAUGGAGGAGAAAGACAAGAAAAUCAAGAAAACUAAGAAGAAGAAAGACACCAAAUCCUCGCCGGACAUCUCCUUCAAACCUUCCUCCACCGUCAAAGGCCUCAAAUUCGGCGGCCAGAUAAUCGUCAAAUCAUUCACAAUCCGGCGAGCAAGAACCCUUGAGCUCCUAAAACUCCUCUCCCUCCCUCCUUCUCCUUCUCCAUCACCAUCUCCGCCGCUUCUUUCCACGGCGGCGUAUCUUCCGACCAACUUCACCAUCUUAGCUCACCAAGCAUGGCACACACUCACCCUCGGACUAGGCACAAGGAAGUCCAAAGUGGUUGUCUUCGUGUUCGAAACGGAGGAGAUGAAGACGGCGGUCACGGCGGCGGAGGGAGGACUCUGGCCGUCGGAGAUUCCCCUCGGCGACGUGAACAAGAAGAUGAUUAGGAAGUUAAAGAACUGGGAGAUGGCGAGGUUUAAAUUCAGGAAAGGAUGCUUGACGUUUUACGUAUACGCCGUGAGAAACGCCGGAGGAGAGGGGUUUGCGGCGGCGGAGGACUUAAAGGUAAUUUUACAAGCGGUGGUGGCUUUGAAAGACUUCAUGGAUCAUACGGCGAUGCUUGUAAUGCCCCACCAGAAAGCUAUUAAUUACACUUCUUGUCCUCCUUUUGCCAUGGCUCACUAGUGUGGGCCUCUUUUUUUUUUUUUUUUUUUUUACUUUCUUUUAUUCAUUUUAUUUUGGUUCAAAACUCC